UUCCCACUAUUUGUUAGCUGAAGAGAGGCCUUCUGCAGUUUUGUGUCCCCCUCCUGCACUGGCUGUGCCACUGGCCACAUGCAGUUUGACCCCUCCCAUAUCAACUAUGGCCACACCCAUCUUCGUUGUGGCCCCAUUCCACAUGGGCUAUCAGCCUUCUUGUCAGAUUUGCCGCCUCCCAUAUAUGUGGCAGCAAAACGCCUCCUUGAGCCUUGUCCCAAACAUCUGGCCCAUGUGUGUCUUGCACUGGGCAUCCUCAAAGGAGAGGUGCCCCCCCACCAGACGCUGCUUGGGACACACUGCUAGCCCUGAGCAGGAGGCAGAGGAGAUGGAGUCCCAGGAUGAGGGGCCACUCGCUCCCUGUUUCUCGGACCCCGAGGCCUCGGAGAAGAGGUGCCGGCUGAGCCGGACGGAUGUCUCAGAAGGCAGGAGGGCGCAGCGGCUAAGGAUGGCCCACCUCCCAGAAUGCACCGUGGCGAGGCUUAAACCAAGCUGCCCGAUCCCGCUGAAGAUUAAGCUGUGCAAUCAGAGGGGCGGCAAUGGGAUUAAUAUUGUGGAGGGGAGAGGCUCACUGCCGUACUGGGAGGGGUUUGAGAAACAUCCUGAAAAAGAGGCAAUUACAAAAGAGACAGACACUUCGUUUAAAAACAAUGGACUCCAGGCGGCAAGGACCAUAACGCCCGAUGUGCAGAUACCUCGCAUCAUUCUCACGCACCCAUCCACCUCGGAUGAGGACGUGGAACCGCCGAUCCAGGACCAGGGCGACGACCGCCUGGGUGACUUUGAGGAGGGAGACGGUCACAGCUUCUCAGACGUUUCGAGCAGGACUUCGUACUUGGCCUAAAUCGGCGUUGAUCGUAUGGAGGCGGGUGACUGACACAUGCAUAGCCUCGAACUCUCUCCAGGGAAGUUAAACCACCUUUCAGUUAUUCUAAAGUCAUCUUAAAAGAGUUUCGGCUUCUGGAAGCCUCUAUGAACAACACUCACUGUUUCAAAGCCUUGAGCGGCUCAGAGCAGAGCUAAGUUCACUGUUGAUUUCAGCAGGCAUGGCUCUCCACAGCCAGAGGCAUGAAGAGAGAACCAUCAGCACCCAUCUGUGAUUAGGUGCGCGUCUUCACUGCAGCUGCUCCCCUGGCAUAUUGCCAUCACAGCGUUUUAUUUUGCUUGAUGUGGGAGGCAUUGAACUUAUCUUUCACAUGGGCUGGGGGGCUGGGGGCUGGGGGCUGUGCUCUUUAGCAUAAGGGCGAUAAGAGAAACUGCAUAACACGCCGUGCCACUGCCCCCCGGCCUGCCUGGAGAUUGUUUUGGGGGAGGAUUGCUAACAACCAUGUCACCGUUGACGGGAUGCCGUUACCGCUGGAGAGUCCCUUGAGAAGACAUGUGGGCGGCGGCAGUGUGACAUCACCGUGCCGUUAAUGUCGGCUGGAGUCACAGUCACUGGCGAGUUCCUGUCAGAAGGCUCAGGUCUGGGCUGCUGGGGGGCGAAAUGACUUCUUACUUGGGGGGGG